GUAAUAAUUCAAAAUAAUAGAAAAAGCGAAACAUUCAUGUUAAAUCAAAUAUAAUAAAAUACAUUCUGAUUUCUAAGAAUGGCUAGUCUUAAUAUUUGUCGGAUAUGCCUUAGAACUGAUAUGAAAAUGUACAACUAUGAUCAAUACCUGUUAAAAUCACAUUACGAAGAAGUUAUGCAUUUAAAAUUAAAAGAAGAGGAUGCGUUACCAAGGUGCUUCUGCUAUGAAUGUGCAUCAUUACUGCAAAAAUUUCACAAAUUCAAGGAGAAAUGCUUCAAAGGGAAAAAGGUUCUCGAGGAUAUUCUAUGUAGAGGCAGUAUAACUUAUGAAGCAGUGGAUGUAUUGGACAGGGCAUAUCUUAAAUUAUCCCACUUGGGAUAUAGUCAUGAUAGAUGGGGAACCACAAAUAAUGUAGAGGACAUAAAAAUUAUAGUCCCUAAACGUGAAGUUACCACAGAUACUCAAGAUUUAGACUUAGAUAAUAUUAUACCAGUUAACAAAGUCGAAAUCUUCACAGAUUAUGAAAAUUUCACAGAUAAUGAAAGUAUCACAGAUUAUGAAUCGGAUUUUUUUGAGCAAAUGAAAACAGAUAAUAAAAAUAUUGCAGAUAAUAAAAAAUCCACAGAUAAUAAAAAUAUUGCAGAUAAUAAAAAAUCCACAGAUUGUAAAAAUAUCGCACAUAUUGAAUUUGAUUUGCCUGUGAAAAUGAAAACAGAUACCAAAAAUAUCAAAGGCUGUAAGAAGAGCACAGAUAAUGAAUUGAAUAUUUCUCAGCGAAUGGAAACAGACGAUAUAGAUUCAGAUAUAGAAGAUAAUAAAGAAAGAGUAAAAAUUAAACUUGUGAGAAAGAAAAAAAAGAAAAUGGUAAACAAAAAGUGUGGCGCUACAAAGAUUAGUUUCAUAUAUGAAAGUGAUAAUUGGAGGAUUAUUACUUUGACAGAAGAGGAAGCUAUGAAGGAAUUUAAAUUGCGCGGUGAAGAGCGAAAAUAUAUAUUGGCACCAUACAAAUGCACCGAUUGCUUGAAAGGCUUCCCGAGAAAGGAUAAUUAUAUACGACACGUGGAGUAUGUACAUAGAGAGUCGAAAGGCAAGCUGGUGUGCAAUUUUUGCAAAGCGCGAUUCAGAUUCCCUUGCUACAUACGCAAUCACAUGAAAGAUCACUACACCAAGUACGAAUGCGCCAGAUGCCCUGUUGUUUGUAUGACUGAGCAAUCAGCACUGCACCAUGAAGACUCUCACAGCGGACAAGUUAAGAAAUGCAAACAUUGUAAUGUGGAGUUUAGACAUUCGUCCACGUUCUACACGCACUUACGAACGCACAGAAGCGACCACGUGUGCACGUCGUGCGGCGAGUCGUUCGUCAGCGAGAUCGGCCUCAAGCAGCACCGCAGCGCCAAGCAUCGAAGCAACACUGACAAUUUUGACGACGAGGAUGAAAACACGUUUUGUAUUCGUUGCGACAAAAACUUCGACACUAGGAAGGCGUAUGAGGAACAUUUCAUACAUUCUGUACUACAUGCCGAUGAAGGAAUCGACGAUUCCCAGCCGAAAAAUGUAAUCAGAAAGCAAAUACUGGAAAAGGUUAAAGGUGCAAUUAGUAGUAGUGACACAGGUGCUAUUCGAAAACCAAUUCGAAAACCGAACACAGGUGAAGCGAAUCGAAAGUGGAUGGGAUUCAGGCGGAAGAGGAAACCGACGACUUGUCACCAGUGUGGCAAAUUUUUCGCAACGCAAAAUGAGUGUUUGAAACAUCAUUACAAAGAACACCCGCGUACUUCUUUCUUCUCGCCGAGUGAAAGACACAUUUGUGAGAUUUGUGGCGCUUCGUUGGCGCCGGGAAGUAUAAAGGCCCAUCACAACAGCCACACGAAGCAAAUAUUGCACACUUGUAACAUUUGCGGCCGGCAGUUCGCCGCUAGCGUUUCUUACAAACGACACCUUUUGACGCACACAGGAGAAAAGCCAUACCCAUGCACGCAAUGUGGGAAACGGUUCACGCAAAGCAACAGUUUGAAGCUCCACUAUAAUACUGUUCAUCUCAAACAACCGCAUCCUAAAAGGAAUAGGAGAAAGAAAAAGGAAGAGUUGGAAAUUACAGUUGAAGAUCCAGACAAAAUUAAAAAGCCGAGAAUGGAAGUACUGAAUUCAUUAUGGUGCUCAUAAAAUUGG